AUGACCUCAAUAACGUCUUUCAUUAGCAAAAGAAAUUUAAUUUCUUAUUACUGGUUACUUUUCUUUCUCUCAAUUACAAUAACUUAUACUUAUGCACAUGGUUUGGAUAAUGAUGAUGAUGAGUCUGUCGGUAAAACGCCCUCGGUUUUUGCGAGUGAUAAUCAAGGUACUUUGGCCAAAGGAAACAUAGGUCUUGGAUUUGGUCUAACGGUUAUGGCAGCUCUUGCGUCCGCACUUGGUUCCCUUACACCAUUCCUCGACCUCUUGUUUCCAUUUAUCCCAUUCCUUGCCCAUGUUAAAAUCACUGAAUCCAAGGGUUUUCGUGCUGGCUCACUAUCUUUUGCUUCCGGAGUCUUAUUAUUCCUUACACUGGGUGAUCUUUUUCCUGAGGCUGUUGAGUCGUUCAAAAAAUCGAAUCUUUUUGACAAAAAAUACUCCUAUCUAGUAGCUGUAUCGAUUUUCACUCUUACUAUAAUGAUAAUAAUAGUUUCAAAGAUGUUGUUUAAGAAAUAUAAAAAGCAAGAUGAAACCAACUCCACGGAUACCAAAAUUGAUGAUGAUGAUGAUCUUGUAAAAAGAAGAACAUCAGAGAGUAAUGCAGAAAAUGAUUUAACUGAUGUCAAAGUUGCAACUGGAAGUAAAGAAGAACAUCACUCAAUGGAUUCUGCAAGACUUAAAAGUUUGAGUAUUCAAAUUUCCGUUGCUUUGGCACUUCAUAAAAUCCCCGAGGGACUAAUCAUUGCUUUACCGAUUUAUUAUGCGACCGGUUCACGUUGGAUUGCUUUUGCUAUUUCGGCAACUGUAGGAAUCGUUUCUCAAAUGUUAGGUGCUCUCCUGGGAUACCUUCUAUUCGUGACCAUAUGGAAUGAUGCUGUAUCAGGGGUACUUUUUUCGAUCGUUACGGCUUCUUUAAUAUAUGCGAUUUUGCAUGGCAUGUUGCCAAUGGCACGGCAUUAUGAUCCUAAGGAUAACGAAGUUUACUUUAAAGCUUCAUUAGAUGAUGAAACUUCACCGGAUAAAGCAUAUAAAAAAAAAAAAUCUGAAACGAUCGACAAAUGUCAUGUGAUUUAUGAAUUGACAAAAAUUUAG